AUGCUCUACGCUGCUUGUCGUAAUAAUGACAUUAAGAAAGUCAAACAACUGCUAAAAACUUUGCGCGUUGAUGAGGUUAACCGGACGGAAACUAAUUCUAGUACAGCGUUGCAUGCAGCAGCAUACUAUGGACACGCUGAGAUUGUAAAAUUAUUGCUAGAUAGUGGUGCAAGUCGAUCUAUAAAAAAUAGAUUUCAGUUGACACCUUAUGAAGAAGCCAGUACCCCAGAGAUAAAACAACUAUUUGAACGACGAUCAGAUAGUGUACGUUUUGUUAGUCUAUCUAGUGAAAUUGAAUGGUUAUUUAUUGAUCCAAAUGUCAUUGGAAAAUCAGCUGAUUAUCGCAAACGACUCAAACGUUUAAGCAACAACUUAGCGCAUUCAUGUCAACUAAUUACCGAAUGCUAUUUGGAUAUAGAGUUACGUGAUAUUACAGGUAUUGAUAUCAUCAAAUGGUAUUUCUAUAGAGCAGCUCAAGAAGAUAAUCCAAUGUAUAUUGUUAAGGCUUAUACAGCAGAAACUGAGUUUUAUGCUCGUCUUAACAAAGACUUAGCUGCCACCUCGGAGGACAUUCUCAAUGUCAAGUUGAUAUCAUUUAAUAAUAGUUUUCAGAAAUAUUGGUAUACUAAUGGAAGAAUAGCUGGCAUCAUAGCUGAACAUCCGAAACUGAAAAGCUAUACGUUUAUUGGAAAAACCUAUCGGGGCAUGCGACUCACUGACUACGAUCUACUUCAUUAUAUUACUGGUACUCGUGUUAUGAAUAAAUCGUUCCUGUCAACCACAAAAGAUAAAGAGAUAGCCAGUAAAUUUGCAGAAAAAAUGUCUUUAAUGGAAAGUACCAACAAAAAAUAUCCGACGCUUUGCAGAUAUGAAAUUAUAAAUAAUCGUACAGCACUGGAUAUAGAACAAUAG